UUAGGUUAUUAAGUAAUGCGAUGAUGAUAGGAUGCGAAUGAGUGAAUGGCGAUCGAGGGGAGCUCUUAGGGUUUUGGUUUUGCGUAUGACUUGAGGUGAAUGGCCAGUGCGCUCCUCUCCCCUCUUGGCAGCAGGGCUCAGGUGCUCCUCCUCCUCCCCUCCUCCGCCACUUCCUCCGCCGCCUCCCUCCACACACGCGCGCACAUAUGCUGGCGGAGAGGCAGGCGAUUGCUCCUGCCCCCGGCCGCCACGCUGCGCCGCCCGUUCGCCUUGAAUCCCGACUCCACGCAGCAGAGCGAAACAGAGGAGGAUGGUUCUCCGCGGCCGCCUCAAUCAGAAGAAGACUGCAGCAAUGGGGGCAGUGCCAGCAAUGGGGCGAGCGUGGAGGCAGCAGUGGAGCAGCAGCAGCAGCAGCAGGAAGAGGAGCAGAUGAAGGUACCGCCGGGGAGCAUGCUUGAGCAGGUUUGGGCCAGGCUAUAUAACAUACCUUUGAUCCGAUAUCUCGUCUUGUGGCCUCCCUGGCAACACAAGAAGCGGCUCCACCAUCUCCUGGCGGAGGCCGAUGCUAAUCCCAAGAAUCCCUCCAAGCAGGCCGACCUCCUUGCGGAGCUCAACAAGCACAGCCCACAGUCUGUGAUCGAAAGGUUCGAGCGGAGGGAGCAUGCGACCGGCGGGCAGGCUGUUGUGGAGUAUCUCAAGGCGCUGGUUGCAACCAACGGCAUCGCCGACUAUCUUCCCGACAAGCGGACUGGCAGGUCAUCAGGCCUUCCUGCUCUUUUUCAGGAGCUCAAGCUGCACGCCGCCGGUGAUCUGGACGAACCCUUCGCUCCUCCAGGCAUGACAGAGCAGCAGCCGCUUCACGUCGUUAUGGUAGAGCCCAGGAGUUCAAACAAAUCAAUGAGGCUGAUUCAGGAGCUCAUAUCCGCCGUGCUAUUUAUGAUUGUCUUUAGUGUUAUAUGGAUUAUGGGAACAGCUGCCCUGCGGAAGUACGUCAAAGGUCCAGCGGGUAUGGGUCCUCCUUCAAACAUUGGCUCCAACGGCAUCUACUCGCCGAAGGAAUUCAACAAAGAGACAAUGCCUGAGAAGAAUAUGAAGACGUUCCAAGACGUUAAAGGCUGCGACGAGGCCAAAGCGGAACUGGAGGAAAUAGUACAGUACUUGCGUAAUCCUGCAAAGUUCACACGCCUAGGAGGAAAGCUACCAAAAGGCGUUCUACUUGUUGGUCCUCCUGGUACCGGGAAAACAUUACUUGCAAAGGCUAUAGCCGGUGAAGCUGGUGUUCCAUUCUUUUACCGUGCGGGAUCCGAGUUCGAAGAGAUGUUUGUUGGUGUAGGAGCUCGUCGAGUGCGCACGCUAUUCCAGACUGCUAAGAAGAAGGCCCCUUGCAUCGUUUUCAUCGACGAGAUUGACGCCGUUGGAAGCAGUCGUAAAAACUGGGAAGGCCACACCAAGAAAACACUGAACCAACUUCUUGUGGAGAUGGACGGAUUCGAAGCAAACGAGGGGAUCAUUGUCUUGGCAGCUACUAAUCUCCCGGAGAGUCUGGACCCUGCUUUGACCAGGCCCGGAAGAUUUGAUCGGCAUGUUGUGGUGCCAAACCCGGACGUAAGAGGACGCCAAGACAUACUGGAGUUGUACCUGAAAGAUAAGCCGCUCAUGGACGAUGUGGAUGUAAAAUGCAUUGCUCGAGGGACACCUGGCUUCAGCGGCGCAGAUCUUGCAAACCUGGUAAACAUGGCUGCUGUGAAGGCUGCGCUGGAUGGAACGGAUAAAAUCUCCAGCGAUCAGCUGGAAUUCGCCAAGGACAAGAUUCUGAUGGGAACCGAAAGGAAAUCAAUGGUUUUGUCCGAGGAAUCGAAGAAGUUGACGGCGUACCAUGAGAGUGGACAUGCCGUUGUGGCAUUUAAUACUGCCGGCGCUAAUCCCAUCCACAAGGCGACAAUUAUGCCGCGUGGGAGCAGCCUCGGAAUGGUAGCGCAGCUUCCGGAGAAGGAUGAAACGUCCAUCAGCAAGAUCCAGAUGAUGGCACGACUGGACGUGUGUAUGGGCGGGAGGGUGGCCGAGGAGCUCGUGUUUGGCCCUGACCAGAUCACGAGCGGUGCACGUAGCGACCUUGAGCAGGCGACUGCCCUGGCGCGACAUAUGGUGUCCGAGUGCGGAAUGAGCGAUACGGUUGGCCCCAUGUACGUGGACUCGAGGGCCCAACAUCCAAGCCACGAGAUACAGAAGAGCAUCGACGCAGAGGUGGUGAGGCUGUUGAAGGAGGCGUAUGAGCGUGCCAAGUGCUUGCUGAGAAAGCACGAAGACGAUCUGCAUGCACUGGCCAGGGCUUUGCUGGAGAACGAGACGCUGAAUGCAUCGCAGAUCAAGGAGAUUCUACACCACCAUCUGCAGCCGCAAGUGGACGAGGAUGUUGUGGUAGCAGCUCCAAACUAGAUUGUCGUGCUCAAAGCCCCUUUACUUAAUUUUUAUGUAGAGUUUCUCCUC